UGUGCUCUAUUGGGUUCAUGUCCGGGGAAACUGCUGGCCAGUCCAACACAGUGACAUGGUGGGCACGAAGAAACGCCUGUGUACGCCUGGCAGUGUGCGGCCGAGCGUUGUCUUGCUGGAAGACGAGCCUGUUUCCGCCAUGCCGUCUCAUCAAUGGGAGGAGGACCGGCCGCAGGAUGUUGUCGACGUAGUGUUGUGCAUUAAGGUUUCCCUGUACCACCACGAGUUCGGACCGGAAGUCAGCAUUGAUGGCGCCCCAAACCAUGACUCCGCCGCCCCCGUAGCGGUCCCUCUCCAGAACACAGGCCUGCGCGACACGUCUGUCCGUGACACUCACGUUAAAUCUCGAUUCAUCCGAGAAGAUGACAUCUCGCCAUCUCCUGGGUCGCAAAUGCCCACCAUUCCUGGCCCAUAAGAGUCUUGCUUGACG